UGUCCGUCUUCGAGUUCGUUAUGAGACGUCUGCCGCUACGAGCCAACGACUUUCUCUUGUUUGCGCAGGAUUUCUUGUCAUACGACCACGAGUUCUUCUGUCGUCAUGCUUCAGCCUUCAAGCGCAUGUGGCGUGACCAGGGUAAAGAAUUCUGGAAGCAGUUCAUUCGAUGUUUUCGCGAGUAUUCGGUCUACAACGGCGUUUUCAAAGAGUUUCCUCCGAAAUCAGUUGCCAAGAAAAUCAAUGUGAAGGAGUUCAUCGAUGGAGCAAUAAACUACUUGGAAGAAGAAUUUGUGAAAGGAAAAGAAUCAAAUGCAAAGAAGUUGAUCAUGAACUGUGCAUUUCUUGCUGCAAAUAAAGGGAAUAUACAUAGGAUGGGUGCUGGCUUCGCAAAAGAUCCUUUCUACGUUAAAGAGACAAGAGAUGUUUACAGAACGAUGUUCGGAGAUCCCAAUGAUGGCAUGACCUACAUGAGGGGCUACUUCUAUUUACCACUGUUUGUCAAGUUUGCUGGAGCUGCUGUGAGACUUCUCCAAGUAUGGCUGGAAGCUCCAGAAGUGUGGGACGUGGCGACGUACAUGGCUGAUCUGGAGAGGCAACUUAGUGAUUCUAUUGCUGACAAUGAACAAAGGAAGAAAGAAGAGACCGCAAGGAAAGCACAAGAACGAAAGGACAAGAAGCAAACCCAACAAGCUAAAGAUGAAGCAAAGACAGAAGCCGAGGCAGCAACUUUCUCCACCGAUGGAGAUGCAUUAAGCAAAAGCAAGACAAAAAAGAAAAAGAAAAAACAGAAGCAGACAAGUGAAGCUGCAGCAGCCAGUACUGUGGACGGCUAUGAUGAUGAUACAAAGAAAGAGAAUGAAGAGUCAACUGAAAAUGUUACUGAUGAACGACAGACAAGUGUAAACACGGAAACGAACAAGCAAGUUGUACUUCCGUCUGUCCAGCUGGAGGACGAUGAGCUUGAACUUGACAUGCCACCACUUGUGGAAGACGAGGACGAAUGUAUCGCUCCAACCGCUCAACUGUUCAAAGACUGGCGACCUCCUUCACCGGAACCGAUUGCAUAUACAGAUGAUCACGAUUGUUGGCCAAUGAAAGAUGAGUUAGGACAACCACAAUUUCCUUUCCUUGGUUUUCAUUGUAAUCCAGAUGAGUUAGAUGAGAAGUCAACAGAUGCAAGUUUUCCAUUGGAAUCAACUGAUGAGCGCACUGAUUUACCAGCUGAUGUCUCGAGUGCAGAUUUUAGCAAAACACUUGAAUCAGAAGGUGACAUGCCCGAACCAAUAGGCCAACGAGUAACUCAAGAGGAAGAACCAGAAUCGGAAGGGAUUGUUGAGCAAAUGGACAUGUGGGUGGGUCAUAAACGAAUGAUACAUGCCGAUGCAAGGUUCGAUACCAAAAUUGAGGAGACAACAGAAAACAAACAAAGUGUAGGAGAGAGUGUUAGGGAAUCACAUCAAGGUGAUACACACAAAGAGAAUCUUUGCAGUCAGAACGGAGUAACACAAAACGCAGAUGUCAACCAGAGCAGUGAUGUAAUGCGUCAUGAAUCGUCCACUGUUUCAUGCCCACCUGCAAGUGAAGACAUUUCUACUGCAACGGUGGAAACUGAUUUGCCAGUUGAUACGAAUGACAGCAAUCACGAGUCAGGAUUAGUGUGCAAAACGGACACAGAAGUCAGUGACUUGAAAUUCGAUUUGCACUUGGAAGUACCGCCCCCACCAGGUGGGAGUCACAGCACAACAGAUGCAGACAAGUCUGAGAAUAAGGUCAACACGUGUACCGAUGAUGCAGAAGAUGAUGAUCGUGACAAUGAUGAUGUCAACAAGCAUGAAACGAACAAGAAAGAUUUUCAGACAUCAAGGGAACACGGAUUUACACCCGAGUCAAGAAAAGGUGGUAGCAACGAUGUCGAGUAUCACGCCUCGUUUGUGACACCUAACGAAGGGAGAAUGCAAUCGUGUCGUCAAGCAGUCGGAUACCCUGGGAAGAACACAAGAGAUGUUUUUAAACCGCCGAGCAAGUUUGACAAAGAUGAGACAGUAAAAGACGACGACUCCCAAGAUUCAGCUGAUGAGAGUAUAGUAGAUGGAAUUUCAAAUGCGGAACUGAAACUACUUACUACGGAACUGAUGAAACUGGAGCAUUUUGAUAUACAAGACGACGUGUUACAAUUGGAUGAUUCUCAAUGCCCAAUGCUUCACACAAAACUUCUGACGUUGGAUCGCUUUGGAUUGCGCCCUUUACAAAUUGUCAAUCGUACUGGAGACACUGGAAAAGUGGCCAUGGAUGGUGACAAUAAAGGGAAAGCAAUUAAGGAGGCAACGAAGGAAACCAGUUGCAAUUAUGACUCACAAUUGAUCACCAAGGCAAGUGAUGGUGGAACGGGUAUGACGACCGCUGAUGUAUUGACAACUGAUUCUGUAAGUGUUAGCGAUUCCGUGCCGGCUGAUUCUUCUGAACGCAUUGGCGGCACGUAUAAUUUCAAGGCUGAAGACAUUGCCGCCGCGAAUAGAAAGGUUGAUAUCUUUGCUAGGGAUCAAGAUAUCAAGCCAUCUCGUCAACAAGGAACAAACCAGUCCAUCACCCAUUCGCAAACACCUGCCGUGCCGGACGAAUUUGCAGGUGGCGCAAGGUGGAUUGAUGCUCUCUGUAAUGGUGAACCGGUAUCGACAUAUGAUGGACAUUUUCGUCAAAGUGUUUUUACCACGACUUACAAGCCAUCGAUAACCUAUUCAGGACCAGGACCGGAUGCGGGACCACUGAAGAAAGUACCUGGUUGCAGAAAGAAGCAUUCUAUCAUAAAGCGUAAUACUCCAUAUGUCCAUCCCGAGUCUCAAAAGAUGACGGCUGAUGGUAAGCAUGAGUUUCCUGCUCUUACGGAAUCCUCGAUGUCGGAUUCAAAUAUGCAGGAACUGAUGACUAAGGUGACCGGUGGCAUCUUUUUUGUGACACGACUGGGGACGUACUCACUGCUCAAGAAUCCACACUGGGCCUCGUUCUAUGCCGCUUACAUCUGUUCUCAUUCGUGCCAUAUGGAUAGAGAAUCAUGGAGGCAACAUCCACAGAUAUGGAAAACAGCGGAUAAACGAGUGUCAGCAUCAAGAGAGCCGAUAGAAAAAUUUACAACCGGCUACUACAGCAGCGUGUUUACCACAUACGAUGGUGUCAACAUUCCUCUCCUUUACUGUUAUCUCGAUUGGAGUAUGGAGGCACUCUCAAACUUCCAGUUUCCGGACGAUGCCGACAAGAUCUGUGCUCUACGGAUUGUCUUUGUUAGUCCAAAGGGUAACGAACACGUCCUUGAUUUUCUCACAAAAUUUUUGGAAGUUUCAGAACCAAAGACGAUCGAGAUGUACGUGUUUCCCACGUUUGAGAUGGCACAGAAGCGAAACGGGGUGAUCAAGCGUGUGCCUGUCGAUCUCGUGGAACGACCUGCUGUUGUUUCAGCAUUCGCAGUCGUGGAACACAAGGGUGAUAUAAACUUUCUAAAAACUUUACAGGAGAGAAUAGUGGGAAUGUCGGUUUCGAGGCGUGGAUUGGUUGAUGAAAUGGACCUUGCUUACUUCACAACGCAAAAAGACAGUCUCCCCAAGGGUAUGGCAGAGGCGAUGAAAUCAACAGAAGGUAAACAGAUUGUGUCUGGAUUUUUUAGAGCUUCAAUGAACAAGCAGAAGAGUGACUUGGCAUUGCUUGGUGGGAUUAAUAGGAUUAAUAUUAAUCCAAGUUCUAGACAUCGUGAACUAUUGCCAAUUCAGCAGUCAAAAGCGGCUAGUGCAAUUGCUACUAAACCUGUGACAAAGUCGUCUGCGAAACGUAAACGAAAAGAAAAACGUCGACAAGAAAAGGUUGACCCGGCUGAGGUGCUCCGAACCUGCAGCAACUGUGGGAAAGGGGAGACAACACCGAAAUCAUUUAAGAAAUGCAAACUAUGCUUAGAUCGACCGGAUGCCAGGUACUACUGCUCGAGGGAGUGUCAAGCUCAAGAUUGGAAGACCAAGCAUAGAUUGGAUCAUAAUUCAAAGAAGUGAUGACUCACUGUGAGUCUGAUACAAGACUGAUGGCUGAUGUGAUUGGGUUACCAGUAUGUUGGAUACGUGGGACAUGGGAAUGUACUCGCUAUGAUUAUUAUUACUAUUAGAAGUAAGUUGUUGCAUACACUUUAUUAGCUCUGGCCAUUGCAUGUAAGUUUCUAUAUCUGUGGCUGUUUGAUACCAUACCCAUGCUUUUAUAUAGAUGGGUAUAUGAAUACUCCAUACCCAUGCUUUUAUAUAGAUGGGUAUAUGAAUACUCAAAUCCCAUUUUAUGAAAGUCAUUGACUGUGUACUUGUAAACGCAACUUCAGUGAUUCACGCUCACACUC